AUGUUUGCAGAACCUUGUAACAAAGAUUCAAUAAAAUCAUCGGAGAAUACUACUGCAAUUGUUAUUUGUUACAAAAACAAUCAUCAACUUAUUCCAACAUGUUCUUCAACUGUAAAUCAAGAAACAACAUCAAUUUCAAGUGUGGUAACGAGCCCGAUACAAGGUGCCGCAUCAACAACGGCAACAACAACAACUACAACAAAAAAAACAAGAACAAAAAGAACGACAACAACAACAACAACAACAACUCCUGGCUGCCAUACAUGUUCUGGAUCGAGUUAUACAAAUUCCUGCUCUGGAUGUUCAACUUCAAGUGCUGGCUGUGAGAUCAGUUGUAUCGGCUGUGGCGGUAGUGGCGGAUCAACGUAUUCAUUAAUAACACUUUCACCGGGUUCUGUUCAAAUCAAAUCUCAAAUAUGUGAGAAAACGUCACAAUAUGGUGAAUGUUCCACAAACAGUGCAUGUGGAUGCUUUCAUAUGUUGGGUGCUAAUGAUAAUACAGGUGUUUGUGGUUUUCUAUGGCCAACAUGUUCCCGUCUUGUAACAUGCAAUUCUUCAGAUAAUUCGUGUCUUCAAUCUAGUACAAUUUGUGUUCAUCAUCCUCAAUGCGAUGAUCGUCCUCUCUGCUAUCCAACUGCAAUGAUCCAUGAAAAUAAAAUCAAUCUUAAAUGGACACAAAAUGCCAUCACUGUAGCUGGUGGAAAUGGAAAAGGACAAGAGCUAAAUCAACUCUAUGGUCCUGCUGGAAUCUUUAUUGAUAAAAGCAAAAAUAUUUUUAUUGUUGAUUCUGAGAAUCGUCGUAUUGUUGAAUGGAAAUAUAAUGCAAGACAAGGACAAAUCAUUGCAGGUGGAAUGGAUCAACUGAAUGUUAAAAGAGAUAUGAUUGUUGAUGAACAAAAUCAUUCGAUCAUUAUUGCUGAUGAACGGAACAGACGAGUGAUCCAAUGGUCGAACGAAAAGCAACAAAUUCUCAUUGACAAUAUUGACUGUUUUGGCUUGACAAUGAGUAAACAUGGAUUUCUUUAUGUUUCUGAUCGGAACAAGGGUGAAGUGAGACGAUGGAAGAUGGGAGAAUAUAAUAAUACAGGAAUUGUAGCGGCAGGUGAAAAUGGACAAGGAAAUAAACUCAAUCAACUCAAUUCUCCUAGUUUUAUCUUUGUUGAUGAAGAUCAAUCUGUUUAUGUAUCAGAUUGGGGCAAUCAUCGUGUGAUGAAAUGGAGAAAAGAUGCAAAAGAAGGAAUAAUUGUGGCUGGAGGACAGGGUGCUGGAGGAAAUCUCAAUCAAUUGUAUUAUCCUCAAGGACUAAUUGUUGAUGAUUUUGGUCAAAUCUAUGUAGCAGAUUAUUGGAAUCAUCGAGUAAUGCGUUGGUAUGAAGGAGAUGUAGAAGGUGAAAUUGUUGUUGGUGGAAAGGGUGGAGGAAAUCAGUCAAAUCAAUUGAAUAGUCCCACAGGUUUAUCUUUUGAUGAUGAAGGAAAUUUUUAUGUUGUCGAUUGUUGGAAUCAUCGAAUUCAAAAAUUUGAAAUAAUUUUGUAA